AUGCCGCUGCUAAAGAAGACCACCACCACCCGUCCGACGAACAAGUCACACGUCGGACGUGACGACCUUGUUGAGGUUGACCAAGAAGCGGCCUCCUUCACUGCUGCGCCAUCGUCAGGCUUACACGCGAGUGGUCGUGUUACUGCUACUACUGCUACCACCACUUCGACUUAUGGCGAGGGGGUAACUACCAGUAAGGAUCUCGUCUUUCUGUCGAACAUCAACCCAAUCCUUCUGGACGAAGAGACCCUGGCAUCCCUUGAGGUGGCUAAGGCAGACGUCGACGCCCUGCAGGCUGUCAUUCUUCCCAGUGCCCCGGAAGCAGCAGGUACGGCCGCCGUCGACCAGGAGCACGGGGGGACGGAAGAGGGUGAUGGGGUUGAGGACCUCCAGGGGGCCCUCCGAGGCGUGGCUUCGGAUGCUGCCAUCCAAGGCAACGUGGAGGAGGCCGCCCGCGUGCUACUCGGCCAGGAAGAGGAGCAGCCUCAGCAGCAGGGUAACAGUGAGAGCCUGCCGCCCGUUUGGACGGCGUCCAACAACCCCGCGGAGUGGAUCAACAGCUACGCAAGGCACAAUGUCGUGAACAACACCUUAUUUGCCAGUAAAUAG